UGCGUCUGCUGCAAAGGGUUUCUGUGAGCGGACAUGUUCCACUGGUCUUACAGAGGAAAAACAUUUUUAACCUAAGUGAAUACACGCAGGGUAAUUCGCCGAAACAGAACAAUAUGGAUGCCGUUAACGCCUUCAAUCAGGAGUUAUUCUCCUUAUUGGAUAUGAAGCCACCAAUUUCUCGUGCAAAAAUGAUUUCAAUCACAAAAUCUGCAAUCAAAGCAAUUAAGCUUUACAAGCAUGUCGUCCAGAUUGUGGAGAAGUUCAUUAAAAAGUGUAAACCUGAGUAUAAAGUUCCAGGAUUAUAUGUUGUGGAUUCAAUUGUUCGUCAGUCACGUCACCAGUUUGGACCAGAGAAAGAUGUAUUUGGGCCAAGAUUUACUAAAAAUAUCACUGGUACAUUCCAAAAUCUGUAUUUGUGUCCUGCUGAAGAUAAGAGUAAAAUAGUAAGGGUUUUGAACCUUUGGCAGAAGAAUGGAGUUUUCAAAAUUGAAAUUAUUCAGCCUUUACUAGAUAUGGCAGCUGGAUCUACCUCUUCUGUUGUUGAGACGGACUUGGAAAAUGACACUGGCAAUGCAGGAUCUCCAUCACCUGUUAAAGUUCUGGUUGAACCUCCACCUACCGUCACAACCAACUUGGCUCCUGCAGUUCCACAGUUGCCCAACAAUGAUGCCUUUGCUGCUGUUGCUCAGUUAUUUCAAUCAACACAAGGACAACAGCUGCAGCAAAUUUUACAGACAUUUCAGCAGCCUCCAAAGCCUCAGUCUCCAGUGGUAGAUAACAACACAAUGGUGCAAGUCCAGGUCCUUUCUUCUCAUCUCAAGAGCCCAUCAUCUCAAACUAAUGAACUGAAGACUACAUUUGAUAAAAAAUUACUUGACCGUUUUGAUUAUGAUGAUGAACCAGAAGGUGGAGAAGAAUUUAAGAAAGAAGAUUCCACGCCACCUCCCAUACCAGCUUUUGGCCUUCCUGAUUGUAUAUCACAACCUGCAUUUACCCAGCAUCCUGGCCACGUACCUAAUAUGGAGCAUUUUCAGCAGCAUAUGGUAGGACUGCAACAGGAUCUAUCUCUUCAGGUUCACCUUCCACCCAAUGGAGAAAUACAUGGAUAUGGUCUUAUGCCACCAGCUCAGUUUCCUCCAGUAGUUCAGUCAUUGCCACCUAUUUUACCUCCUCCAACGACUUCAGUAUCUUCUUCUUUCCCACCGAGUUUUACACCUCAAAAUGAACCAUUUACUCAGAAGCCUUCACAGCAAGAUGUAAUUAUGGAAGCCGAUCCUGCUGUAGUUAAAGAUGUUAAACAUCGCCCAGAUAACCGAAGAUCCAGAUCAAAGUCUGCUUCCAGGUCCCCAAAGAGAAGACGUUCACGAUCAAAUUCUAGAUGUCGAAGGUCACGGCAUAGGCGAUCAAGAUCUCGGUCACGUGAUCGCCGUAGGCACUCUCCUCGUUCUCGUUCUCAGGAGAGAAGAGAACGAGAAAAGGAAAGGGAGCGAAGACAAAAAGGCUUGCCUCCAUUAAAAACUGAAACUCUCAGUGUUUGUAGCACUACUUUGUGGGUGGGCCAGCUGGACAAGAGAACACAACAACAGGACGUUGCCAGCCUGUUGGAGGAAUUUGGACAAAUCGAAUCAAUUAAUAUGAUUCCACCUAGGGGCUGUGCAUACAUUGUUAUGGUUCAUCGACAAGAUGCAUAUAGAGCCUUACAGAAGUUGAGUCGGGGAUCUUUCAAAGUAAACCAGAAAGCUAUUAAGAUUGCUUGGGCCCUAAACAAAGGAAUAAAACCUGAAUAUAAGCAGUACUGGGAUGUGGAGCUUGGAGUAACAUACGUCCCCUGGAUAAAAGUUAAAAUGGAAGAUCUGGAUAGUUUUUGUGAAGGAGGUAUAUUGGACAUUGAAACACUGUGUCCAGAAUGGAAGAAUAUUUCAAAUGAUGCAGUGCAAGCAGAUGAGAAAACUCAUAAUGGUGGGUCAGAAUCAGUACCCACUGAAGAAGCUUCAGUGGCUGCUGUUGUGCAGGUAACUGGUAUUCCCCCAAUACCUGUGCAGCCUCCAACAUUUCCUGGACAUAUGGGAAUUCCUCCACCUGGUUUUCCUCCUGGCAUUCCUCCACCACCCCCGCCUCCUCCUCCCUUUUUAAGGCCAGGCUUCAACCCUCUUCAGAUGCCUCCAGGAUUCCUCCCUCCUGCUCCAUUGCCUCCUUUGGGGACUGGUGCUUCUAUACCUACAAAUAAUUCUUCAGUAGUUCCUGCUUCUGCUCCGCAGGUAAAUCCCAAAGAGGAUUCAAAUCAGGAUUCUGGAAGAAAUUUCAUUGCCUCAGUCCCAAGAAAUGCAUCAGAAACUACUGAUGGAACCAAAAUCUAUGGUGCAGUACCAGGGCUUAAUUCAGGAAUUAAUCCAGGACUUCCUGCUCCUAGCCUUCAUGUGUCCUUACAAUCACAGAUAAGUGUUCAUGGUAAUCAAACUGGCGGUCCAACAGGGCCAGUAAUGAACAUUCCUCCUCCAUCUGGGGGACUUUUAGGAGCAAGACCAGGAAUGAUACCCCUUCAGAGGCCUCCUGGAUUACCUCCACCCCACUUGCAAAGAUUUCCCAUUCUUCCACCUCGUCCAAAUGUUCCAAUGCCUCCACAGAUGAUGCAGAGAGGGCCCCCACCAGGACCAGGUGGUUUUGGAAUGCCUCCUCCGCAUACAGUUCGCCCUCCAUUCUCUCCCCACAGUCCUUUCGUCAGGCAAGGUGGUCCUGGAGCUCCAGCUGGUUCCAGAGGUCCUGAAGGGCCAGAAGAGAGGGAUGCUAGGCAGUUUAGAAAUGAUAGGCAGAGUUUUGGUCAUGGAAGAGAUCGAGACCAGGAACGCUUUGCUAGGCGGUCUUUUAGUGGAAGUGGCCGUGGUGAGCCUGAUGGUCGUGAUCGAUACAGUAACCGCCAUGAUGACUAUGAACGUCCAGGUGGUGGACGUGACAGAAGGGACUGGGGAAGAAGCCCAGAGCAUGACAGACAUAGAGACUUUGAGGACAGAAAUAAAGUGUCUAGCAGUUAUAGAGACAGAGAUCGAAUUUCUAGAGACCGUGAAUCUUGUAGAGACAGAGUUGAUAGUCAUGUAAAGGAUAAAUCAGAAUUGGAUAAUAGUGAUAAAACUGAGAAAUAUGGUCAUGCCAAUAAUAAAGAACCACCCACAGACUCUGGUAAAGAAAGUAUUAAGUCAGAAUCUGAGACAGCAAAGGUUUGUGACACGCCUGUUGAUCCAAAGUCUGAGCCUAAUUUAUCAACAGAAGAAAUAAGAAACACAGAACAGGCACAGUGACUGCCAAAUGAUUUUGAAGGCAGUUAUAUAGUCCUGUUCCACUGAUAUACAGUUUCCUGCCUCUGAGCUUGAAUGUUGAUGAAAUAAUUUAAGCUGUAUAUUUUGCUUGUGCUACCUUCCAACUCUUUAUAGAUCUGGGGAACUUUGUAAGCAUUUGUUUACAUCUCCUCCUGUGUUCCAAACAAAAAGUUCAAGUUAACUUCAAAUAAAACACCCUUUUGCUGUAUUUUUUUUAACUUUAAAUGUUUACAAACCAUAGGAUAUGAUCAGUUUCUAUAAUUUUUAAAUUAAGAAAAUAAAUCUCCACCAACAUUUGAGCUUUAGGAAUUUGUUUUUAAUAAACUAUUUUCGUAACAAA